AGCAAGGCACCCACUAAGACCGUCUCUCGGUUGUCUUCCCCGCGCUCUCGUCCACCCUCUCCUGUUUCCCUCCAUCACACCCUCGCCAACCCAUUUCGCGACACUCGACGCGUUCGCUGUAGGAAUCGUCAGCUUGCUGUCACAACGUGAGACGCUUUCAAAACUGCGCAGCAAGUUUUCAGGCCGAAGCCUUCGAUAUUGUCACUCUGUCUUCAUAGUAGCGUCUCGUUCGGUCAGCCUCCCCCAAUCCGUGCCUCACGUGGAAUCCCCUUCUCGCCCCUUCUCCCCUUCCCCCGCCUCCUCCGAGUAGCGGUCUCAGUACCCCUCCUCGCCCUUAUCCGCACUGGUAUUCCCCGCCGUCAUCCUCUGUCCCCUAUCGAACCCAAGGACGCCGAUGAUGCCACUCCUUCUCGCCAAAUCGCCGUCGCAUGUGCCGUCGCCGUCGUCGCGUUCCGUCCUCGCUGUCGCUCUCCUCCUCCUUCUCGCCUCGCCCGUUCUUCCCAUCGUCGGCGGCUCCAGCGCCGCUGUUUCCUCGUUGACAGAUCGACGGACUCUGUUAUCGGCUGCCACGUCAGCGCAGCUGACGGAGAUUCAGGGCGCGCUGGCGGCGCUGGCGGAAAGCCCGGCGUUCCUCCUCAUGGCGUCGCAGUCAGAUCUGGUUACCACACUGCGCGACAUUCUCCAGGGCAACAAAAAGGCGACGAUCCUCAUGCCCCUGCCGAACGCCAUGGAUGCUGCUGUGGGAGGGGCGGUGUCAGUCUGUAACGGGUACAACGCAGAGGACACUACGCUCUAUCAAAUCAUUGAUGGAUACAAGUCAAAUGCGGAUCUGCUAGCAGAUGCUCCCGGCACUCAGUACAACACGCUGCUUCCAGGAAAGUACCUGGUGAAGAACAGUGCGAGCAAUUCAACCCACGUGGUGCUGCAGUCGCCAUCCAACGAGCGCAACGCAACCAUUGUGUACCCCAACCUGUACAAGGGGACAUCUUUCUAUGUACAUGGCAUCAAUAACAUCCUGGUAGCAGACAAGGCAUGAACGGGGCUGACUUGACAUGUAUACGGUAUACCCCACAUGUGCAAGGGCAGGCCCCUCUUCUUGGUGCUGCAGUCGCCGUCCGACGAGCGCAAUGCGACUAUAGUGUACCCCAACCUGUACAGAGGCAAGUCGUUACAUGCUCGGGGUUAGCAACAUCCUGGUAGCAGACAAGGCUUGAAUGAGUGACAUGUGGACAAGGCGUGAGUGAGUGGCAUGCGGACUGAAAGAAUUUGAAAGGUGGUGCAGGAGACACAAGUACUUGAAGUAGAAAAUAAUGUCAACUUAUAUAUAUGAUCUAUGUAGAAGUUAUAGGCUAGUCUAGGUGUGUGUUUCUAGCGAGUACAACCCAACAGGUAUAUGUUCUAGGUUUCUCCUUCUAGUAAAGCAUUAACGUAAUC